CAAAAAGCGAACGUACAAAAGGAAAGAUACAAAGUCUCUGCUUCAAGCUUGCAUUGAAAAGUAUUUUAAUGUGGUAUUUGUGGUUUCUCAUAUUUCCUGGAAUAACAGUUUAUUCCUGGCCGGUACCUAAUGUUAAAUGUGAUAUAAAUCAAUUCCAAUGCAAUAACAGACAGUCCUGUAUUUAUAAAUAUCUCUGGUGCGAUGGCUCUUACAAUUGUCAGGAUAGAAGUGAUGAAACUUAUUGCAGAUAUCAAAGUGAAUGUCUAUCGGAUUUCUUCAGAUGUGACAACGGAAUGUGUGUUCCGGAAAAUGGCAGAUGCGAUGGAUAUCCCUCCUGCUCUGAUGGAUCAGACGAAUUUCAUUGUGACUGUGAAGAAAUAUACCGUGCCACUGGAAAUAUAACUUACAGUGUACAUGCUGGAAGGAAACGGACUUCAAAGUGCUGGAAAAUAGCCAUCCCUACAGACAAGUUUCUCACCUUGAGAUUAAACAAUCUAUAUUUUGCCAAUGAAGAAGUUACUGAAAAAACAAUCGUUAGUGAUGAUGACUAUACUUCAUCUUAUUCAUAUGAAGUCGCAUCGAACGAUAAUGAAGACAUAUCAAACACUAACGAGAACUGCAAUGAAGCAAGUCUUACUAUAAGUUGGGCCUCUUUGAAGUCAGAAACAGUCUCAUUUUGUCCUAGAGAUAAUAUAAAUUCCAAAAGACUAAUCAAAACUUUCAGUGAUACGGAAAUCAAGCAUCGUGCAGUCAGCAGAUCAUCUACUGGAUCAACUUUCGAUUCGUUUACUAUUACAUAUGCCAUUGCUGAUUUGCUAUGCUUGAAACCAGAUUCUUUCAAAUGUUCUUCUAUUUCUUGUAUUUCAAUGGAGAAAAAAUGCGAUGGUGUCCGAAAUUGUUACAAUGGAAUAGAUGAAGUGGGGUGCGAAAAGGGCGUCUUCGCAGUACCUGGCGUAAAUACUAACCGCAACCUUGCUUUGAACUGGCUAAAGGAACAGCGUAAUGCUGCUUGGGGUUGGCGUGAAAAUACUCACAGAGCUAUAACUGCUUUGUAUCUUGCCAAAGGAGCGAAUUUCAAUGGCACCAACUUGGAAGAGGAUCUUAUGGCAAAGCAACUAGAAUUACAGAUGUCGACGGCAAUUUUGAGAAGCGAGACUGAUUUGAUAAGUCCAACUCAGCUUGCAAUGUAUAUAAACGCCCUUCUAGUAAUUUGUCAUGAUCCUAGAAAUUUUUAUGGCUUUAAUUUAGUAAAUGAUUUGAAAAGACAAAUGGGGUAUUCCAAAAACUCUACACAUCUUCUGCCUUACUUAGCUCUUUGCAAUGCAAAAGAGACACUUACGGAUGUGGAUAUAAGCAAGAUAGUUGGCGUUUUAGAAAGCUCAUCCAAUCACAGUUUCCUCACAGAUGUGCAGUCAAUGGCAUUAAUGAUAUUAGCUUGCUUAGGGAAUACUUCAAAGACUUUGGAACUAAAAGAAAACAUUACAGAAGCCGUUAAAACUUUAAAGAAACGUCAAAAUGAAACUGGGAAUUUUGGAAAUAUCUAUACAACUGCUCUUGUAGUUCAAGCCCUCCUAAGUUUAGGACACGAGGAAGAUACCGAUUGGGACUUAAAAGCUGCUGUUGAAUUUCUUAAAACAAAACAAAGAAAAGAUGGGUCUUUUGGAGAUUUUUUAGCAACCUAUCUCAUCUUGCCAAUAUUGAAUUCGAAAAGUUUGGCCGAUGUUGGAAAAAUAAACUGCACUGACAAUUCAAAAAUGCCUAGAGAUGGUAACCCAGUUUCGGACAUCGAAUUCAAGCUUGGUCCGAAGAUAUCAAUAAAAUACUAUCUUUAUGUAGGAGAUCAAAAAGAUCAAGUUCAUCCCUUAUUUCUGAGAAUACCAGCCAAUAGUUCUGUAUUAGAUAUGAUGAGACUGGCAUCGGAAGCUGAUCCGAAAUACAAAUUUCAGGCUCAAGAUAUUAGGGGAAAGGUAUAUAUCUAUGAAUUAUUUGGAAUAGCCAAUGAUCCUGAAGACGAAAAAUUUUGGCUCUUAUUUGUUGAAUCAAAAAAUGCAACUCUUCAACUAACUACUAAAAGUCCAGAUGAAGUUUACCUGAAGAACAACGACAAAAUAAUUAUGUGGUACAAAACAGCCCAAAUAGACUGAUGGCAUGCCAUCGGAACAAAAAAAAAUCAUAUUACAAUAAAAAGUUAUAAUCUUUCUAUAAAAGUUUCUAGAUAUAAAAUAUUGAUGGCAUGUGUUUCAGUGAUUUAUAAUCACUGAUUUCGAUCGGACCUCGAUAUUGGGAAAUAUUGUAUAAUUAUUUAUAUAUUCUAAUGGCGAUUUCUAUUACUAUGAGAAAUUUGCUCUAGUUUUGAAACACUCUGUAUUUAAAGUUGAUUUGUUUUGGGAUACUAAUCAAUCUAUAUUG